UGGAAUCGAUGGAUAAAAAAAAAGCCAACAGCAGUCAACAGCUAGCUACAAUAAUCUAGGUACUUCUACUUUAUUUACGCUGUAUUUUUACCUCGUUUACAACCAAUAUUGCAGUGAUCAGUUCGGGCGAGUCAACAAAUAAUGGUUGAAGAUUCAAACACGAACACAAACAAACCAAAGGCAAAAGCCACACGUCCCAAAGCUGUAUAUUUAUGGACUGAAGCUGACGUCCAAAAAUGGCUUAGACGCCACUGUGGGGACUACUACAGCCUUUAUUGGGAAAGGUUUCAUGAGCAUGAUAUAACAGGCAGAGCAUUAGUGCGAAUCAAUGACAAUACUUUACUGCGUAUGGGUAUUACCAACAAAGAACAUCGGGAGGCAAUAUGGCGGGAAAUUCUGAAACUGAGGUUGAAGACUGAUAUAGUCGAGAUCCGGGAUUUGGAGCGAAGGCACAACUACUUCAACUAUGAUUUGUGACACAGAAAUUAUGAUGUGGGAAUAUUGUUACCGACAUCCAUUUUAUUGCAACACUGCAUUGUUUGCAACAGCAAAAAAUGUGUGCUAUACAUCUCUUUAGUGCCUUACUUAUGAUACUCACAAUUAACAAAAUACUUAUUAAGUUUAGAUAGCAUUUAAGUAUUUUGUGAUGUUGUUUACACUACACCUCAAAUAUCAGAUUUUUAAUAUUGAAUUUUGAAAAACUCAGAUAAAAAAAGGCAUAUUUGUAAUGUAUUCAUUUUAUCUAAUCAAAUUGACACAAUAAUGUUAUUAAAAGCCAAAAACUCUUCAGUCAUGUUCCAGUUUGUAAGAAAAUGCUCAAGUUAGGUAUAUUUAGUACUAAUUAUUGUCUAUAUAUAAAUGUAAAUAUCAUAAUAAAUCAGGUGAUUUUAUGUGCUGAUUAACUGGACAAUACCUGUCUUGAUUAAAAUAUAGAAUUUAUUUGUAAGAUAUUAAAAAAAUGUUAUGAAAUUCAAAUGAAAUAUAAUCCAUAAUAUAAAUAGAUUUAAUCACAUGAAAUACUAUAUAGUAUCUGGAUGUUAUAAUUCUGAAUUGAUAUUACAAACAAUGUUAUGUGCAUGUAACAUUAUUUGGAAGACUAACUUGUUGUCAAGAAAAAUAUGCUCAUGAAAAAAAAAACACAUAUGAUCAAGGGUGGGUUGCACCAUCAACUUUGACAUUAACUUAAAAUGCAAAAUACGCCAUUUUGCCUAAACCUCAGCAGUUAAUAUCAACGUCAAAUUUGAUGGUGCAACUCACCCUAAAACUGUAUAUUUACUACAUAUUUGCAAAGAAUAUUCAAUUCUAGUGAUAGUAAGCCAUAUUCCUACCCAUUUAAAAUUCAUUAUAAAUCUAUCUAAAGAUACUUUAUUAAUACGAACUGGGACCUAAUGGUCUGACACAAUAAUGAAAGCUUUAUGUAAAAUUACGAGUUUAUAUACAUUCAUGUUAUAUUAUCUCAGAUAAGUUUACGCCGUGAAAAACAUUUAGGCCCAGUUUCGGCUAGGCGAAAAUAUCUCUUCGAGUACCUAAGUACACCGGUUGGGGUAGAUAUGUUCCUAGAGGUUGCUGAGAUACGAUUAGAGUUAUAAAAAUUAUCAUGAUUAAAUACAAUGAUAACUGUAUUUUUUAUCGAA